CAGAUUCAUCCAUGAAAACUUGUUUUAUGAAGAUCAGCACGAGCGAAUUCCUGGUGCUAUUAAGAACAGGAUGGCUGGACUCUGCCUCUGGGGUGUAGGAUGGAUGUGCAAACCUCUCCCAGCUUUUUUCUUCCAUGGAUGACCCUGACCUCUGGUCUCUUGCCUUUUUAUCCUCUGAGAAUUAAGGAUAAUCUUAUAUCUAUCUGGAAAUCAGUGGAUGUUCAGCCUGCUCUGAGCUCUGUCACAGUGCUCUGCAAUGCUCCUGCCUCAGUUUCCCCGUAUAUAUAAGGAAUACAACUUCCCACACAGGAUUGAUUGGACCUAAUUUAUUUGUAUUCAGAAAAUCCUUGGAAGAUCACGUUUGGAAAUGCUGAAAAAUCAACAUGUUUAUUUUAAUUACUGUUGUGAUUGAAGAGGACUCUAGCUCCAGCUCUGCCAGCACACCUUGGCCUGCCCAAUCCCUGCCAACUCCUGUCUUGGUCCAGCAGUGAAAAUUUUGGGAUUUUCUAAUCCUGCCUGUUCAUCCUUGCUCAGAGCAAAACUCAGGGAAGUGUAGGAGCCUACUUCAGGCUGAUGGAUUAAUUUCUACCAUCCCAGUGAAACCAAACUUAGGCCUUGGUGCAAUUCCACUCUGCUUUUUUACCCCCAGGAUGCAGUUCUCCUUCCUCAGGGAAAUCACUAUGGAGCUGCUAAUUUUUCCUGAUGCUUACCUCUUCCACUUCAGCCUGAGAACCCUGAUCUUCUUUUACCCUCUGCAGAGCUACUUUGCUGCCUGUGAAGAUGAGACACCGGCCAUCAGAAACCACGACAAGGUCCUGCAGCGGCUCUGUGAACACCUGGACCACGCUCUGCUCUACGGACUGCAAGAUCUUUCCUCGGGGUACUGGGUGCUGGUGGUUCACUUCACACGCCGGGAAGCCAUCAAACAGAUCGAAGUGCUGCAGCACGUGGCCACCAACCUGGGACGCAGCCGGGCCUGGCUAUACCUUGCCCUCAAUGAAAAUUCUUUGGAGAGCUACUUGAGGCUGUUCCAGGAGAACCUCAGCCUGCUGCACAAGUACUAUGUCAAGAACGCCCUGGUCUGCAGUCAUGACCAUCUGACCUUGUUCUUAACACUGGUGUCUGGACUGGAGUUUAUCCGCUUUGACUUGGACCUGGAUGCUCCAUACCUGGAUCUGGUCCCGUACAUGCCGGAUUACUACAAACCUCAGCACCUGCUGGACUUCGAGGAGCGCCUGCCCAGCUCCGUGCAUGGCUCCGACAGCCUCUCCCUCAACUCCUUCAACUCUGUCACCUCCACCAACCUGGAAUGGGACGACAGUGCCAUUGCUCCAUCCAGUGAGGGAGCAUGUCUCUACUCUGAGAGUGUAGGUGGAACUGGGGAUUGUAGGAUCAGAGGACAAGUUUUCCCCUUUAAAAAGAUCCCUGGCUUUGCAAACACUCAUGAGUCAAACAUCACAGUAUCUAUGGGAGAUUAUGAUUUUGGAGAUGUCUUUCCAGCAAUGCAGACCAUGCCCAGCAGAGACUGGGAAGACGGGGACCUGACGGACACGCUCAGCUGCCCACGCUCGGCCACCUCGGAGCCCAACGGCAGCAGGGCUGCGGCGAGGAGCCCCACACAGCGCCACAACCCCUUCAACCAGGACAGGGCCGAGGCACCGUCCUCCGCCGACACCACGCCGGUGCACGCGGCUUCCCGAGACAGGGCAGAGGCCACCCCCGAGGGAACGGACCAGUCCGAGAGCUGCACAGAGCUGGAGGUCAUCAGGUUAGCCAAGAAGAAGAAGACCGGCAAGAAGAAGAAGGUGAAGCCUGAGGAGGCGGUGAACAGCCCGGCGCCCGCAGCGCCCGAGGCCAGCGGGGACAGCGGCAUCAACGGGCUCAGCGACAGGGAGGAGCCACCGAGGGACGGGGAGGGGGACAGGGAGGAGCCGCCGAGGGACGGGGGCUCUGCUGCCCCAAGCGGGCCGGAGGAGGGCGGGGAGCGCGCUGCCCUUGGUCCGCUGGCCCUGCGCAUCCCCGAGAUGAAGGACACGUCCAUGGAGAGCGUGGGGCAGCCCCUGAGCAAGGUCAUGGACAGGCUCAACGGGCAGCUGGACCUCGGGGGCUGGAACGCCGCCCUGGAGCCCCCCGGGCAGCCCUUUCGGACCGGCACGCCAGGGGAGACCCCGGAUGGAUCGUCCUCUGGCGACUUUAGCGAGGGGAUUUCAGCCCCCAUGGACUUCUACCGAUUUACCGUCGAGAGUCCAAACGCUGCUGCACCAGGUGGUGGCCACCAUGACCCUCCAGGGCCUGGCCAACCGCCACAUGUUUCUGGUAGCCCUGAGGCUCCUGAAGAAGAAGAAAGCAGAGAGGGAGAAGCAGUUGGGGCAGUAGAGGAGUCUGAAAGGGCAAGUGAUGAACCUCAAACUAGCCAGACAGAAACCACCAACCCGCAGGCUCUCUGUGAGCCCAAGAAGGAGCAGCCCAGCCCUUCCCUGAGCAGCGCUGAGGACUCUGGGGUGGAGGAAGGGCAGGGCAGCCCCUCGGAGCUGACCCAUCCCUCCGAGUUCAGGGUGGAUAACAACCAUCUCCUCCUGCUGAUGAUCCAUGUCUUUCGGGAGAAUGAGGAGCAGUUGUUCAGGAUGAUCCGAAUGAGCACGGGGCACAUGGAAGGGAACCUGCAGCUGAUCUACGUCCUGCUGACAGAUUGCUAUGUGUACCUGAUCCGGAAAGGGGCAGCGGAGAAGCCGUACAUGGUGGAGGAGGCCGUGUCCUACAACGAGCUGGAUUACAUCUCGGUUGGGCUGGAUCAGCAGACGGUGACCCUGGUGUGCACCAACCGGAGAAAGCAGUUCCUGCUGGACACUGCCGACAUGGCUCUCACCGAGUUCUUCCUGGUCUCCUUGAAGUCAGCCAUGAUCAAAGGGUGCCGGGAGCCCCCUUAUCCCAGUAUCCUCACGGAUGCCACCAUGGAGAAGCUGGCACUUGCCAAGUUUGUGGCACAGGAGUCCAAGUGUGAGGCCUGCAACGUGGUUGUGCGUUUCUACGGCCUCGUUCACUGGGAGGACCCCAUGGAUGAGGCGCUGGGACCCUCCAGCAGCAGCUGCUCCUCUGCGGAACACGCCGUCACCAAGGAUGGCAUCCUGCACUACAAGGCAGGCACCUCCUACCUGGGCAAGGAGCAGUGGAAGCCCUGCUUCGUGGUGCUCAGCAAUGGGAUCUUGUACCAGUACCCCGAUCGCACGGACGUCACCCCUCUGCUCUCCAUCAACAUGGGCGGCGAGCAGUGCGGGGGAUGCCGGCGUUCCAACACCACCGACCGGCCCCACUCCUUCCAGGUGAUCCUGACGGACCGGCCCUCCCUGGAGCUGAGUGCCGAGAACGAGGAGGACAUGGCAGACUGGAUGCAGUACUUCUGCCAGGCUGUCUCCAAAGGGGUGAUCCCCCAGGGUGUUGCCCCGACUCCGUGCGUUCCCUGCUGCCUGGUGCUGACAGAUGAGAAGGCUUUCACGUGCCAUGAGGACUGCCAGACCAGCUUCUUCCGCUCGCUGGGCACCGCGGAGCUGACCGACGUCACUGCCAUCUCCACGGAGGCUGGCAAGGAGUACUGCAUCCUGGAGUUUGCUCAGGACAGCAAGGAGUUCCUGCCCCCCUGGGUCCUUUAUUUUAGUUGCACUACAGAACUGGAGAGGUUCCUGUCAGCACUGAACGUCGCGUGGAGGAACAUCUACCAGGUCGAUCUCCAGCACAAGGCCAUUCUGGAUGCUGCUGUGAAGAAGAAAUGUGAGGAUGCCCAGAGCCUCAUCGACAGCGCCUGGCAGCGCAGCGACAGCCUCUGCCGGGGCCGGGCUGAGCGGGACCCCUGGUGUUAACCCUGCCCAGGGGAGGACAGCUCAUGGGGGCCCAUUUUGGGGAUCAGGGCCUGCAUCUGGGCAGCUGGCACCCCAAGCCCUCCUACCAUCACUUGGUCCCCAUCAGGGUCGUGCCUGCAGUGUGGACCCCGCGCUCUCCACCGAGCCAGGGACACCUGGCAUGGUUUGGGGAGCAGCCGGACGCUUCACCACCUGCACCUUCCUCCUUGUCCAGCUGCCAUGGGGCAAAUAAUUGGCCUUUCACAGAAUAAUGUCCCAGUAGCAGUGACAGAGAGGGUGGGAGCAGGGUGGGCUGGGACAAGCAUCCCCAUUCUGGUGGGGAGCAGGACUGAGGACUUGUUCAUUUUCGAACAGGGUCAGGGCGGGGUGGAAACACUCAGUCGCUAUCGUGCAUGUUUGUUGCUCAUACAAUCACCGCUGUGCUGGGAGGAGGAGGAGGAGGCAGCACCCCACCUCCUCCUCCUCCUGGAGAGCUCGCCCGGGGCCUCCAGACUCCACUGAACCGCUCUCAGCCUGUCCAGAAGAUUUGAGGCUAAGGAAGGAGGAACAAGGCCAAAUAUUUGGCUUAAAUAUGGUUUUAGGAGAUCUCAGCAGCCAGUUUGUGGUUUUAAUGCUGAUCCUGUGCACUGGGGGAGAAGAGAUGGAGUCCCAUGUUCUUCAAGUGUCCAGAGGGACAUUGUCAUGUGGCUGCCACCAAACACGUCCCCAUCUCCUCAGCUCACUGCAUCUGAGGCCAGCGAGGACCCAUCGCCACUUGCGCUCCACAACGAGCACUUUGGGGCACAGCCCCAGCUUUUAAAUAAUAUUAUUAAUAAUAAUAACCUGGAGACCUUCUCAUGUAAUAUAAGUUCACGGGGCCUUUUUCUGGGAGGAAACAUACGUGACUGAAUGUAUAUGUACAUACAUUUGCUUCCUUUCCCCCCUCCCCAAAUAAAUAGACCUUGGUAACUCA